GUUACCCAUAAACAAUGACGUCAUGACGUUCUUUGACGUGACAUUUUUGCAUUUUGUGUAGAUCUAUCGGCAAGCGUUACAUUUCAGCUAUGCAUCAAUAUCCCCUAACGUUGUUAUGGUUUAAGCAUGCGUACUCGGCCGUGUAAACACAGCUACGAACGUCCCUCAACAUGGCUUUGAAACUGGUUUUAUUCUCUAUUAUUCAAUUAUUUUUCUUUCAGUAUGCUGGAGGCUCGCAAACGUUUCGCCUUGGAACGAAAACAGCAUACCACUUCAACAAUUCUGCUUCCUCGAUAACACACCCCGACCGAUGUGAACCUAUUCAUCUCAACAUGGUGAUACGCCACGGCUCUCGACUUCCAAGUGAUGGCGAUAUGGAAGAAAUUGAUGCACUUUUAACCAAGCUGAACCAAAUCUACACAAAAGAUUCGCCAUUCCGCUACCAAAAUCUCACGUUACCAUGGAUCAAACCACCGCUGUGGAACGACGGUAAUCCAGGCGAGUUAACAGCCGUUGGUGAAAUUGAACAAUACAGUAUCGCCAAAAGGUUUCGAGCCCGUUUUAACAGAGUCUUCGACAAGAAAUACUGGAAUAAAUAUUACAGUUUUGUGUCUUCAGAUAAACCUCGCACGGCUCAAAGCGCCAUGGCGUUUGCCCACGGAUUAUUUGAAUCCCAAGGUCCUGUAAGCCCAUCAAAAUUUCAACCCGUUGCUGUCAUGUUUUCUGGUCGUCAAAACCAGGAUAAAUUAUUGUCUUCUUACAAAACAUGUCCUCGGUACGAGAUCGACGUUGACGAGAAUGGCCUUGAUGAAGUGGAAAAGUUUUUGAAAGGGCCAGAAGCUAGGAGUGUAACAGAACGACUUGAAAAAAGACUCAAGAUAACCGGAAAGAUGUCACUGACGUUUGAUCUUGUCGAGAAAAUUUUCCGGUUGUGUGCGUUUGGAGUAAUGAACCGUAACGACAGCAGCUGGUGUGAUUUGUUGGAAGAUAAUGAUGUCAAAAUAAUGGAGUAUCAGGGUGAUCUGGAAGCGUAUUACGAGCACUCAUACGGAAAUCAGCUAAAUCUGAAGAUGGAAUGCACUCUGCUUUCUGAAAUCACGAAAAAUUUGCGUGACUUCUCCGCAGGUCAAACCGAUCUUCGGGGAGUAUUUCGAUUCACGUCAUCAGGCACUUUAGUUGGGUUGUUGACAAUUCUCGGACUUUUCAAAGAUUCCAUGCCUUUGCGGGCAGACAAUUACCUCCAAAUGAGAAAGCGACAAUUCGUUUUGUCUAACAUGGUUCCCAUGUCGGGCAAUAUCGCUGUGGUUUUAUACGCGUGCAAAUCCUCAGGAAUGGCGGAAAAACGGGAUCACAAAGUGCAGGUGUUGGUGAACGAGGAACCAUUAACUCUGCCAUGUUGUCAUGGAAACGUAAUAUGUAGUCUUGACGAAUUUUUGUCAUGUUUUAAGGAGACUGUUGACAGCUGUGAUUUGGAAGCCAUGUGUUCUCUACCGUCAACUGAUCAACCAAAGGCCAUGGCUACUCUUCUUUAUCCCCGGCAGAAAAUUUAUUAUCAUUUUUCCUUGUUUUUACUCUUUUUAUUAGAUUAUAACAGCCUUGUCUCCAUUCUGCAUACAGAGAGAACCAAUAUGUAAAUAAACUAUUUGCCAACCCAAAGAUCUGCACCAGGCUGUAGCCUGUUUCAGGUACCUAGUCUGUGAAGAGCAAAUUAGCUAAAAUUUGCAGUCGUCAAGGCAAACACUUGCAUUUGCUGUUUUACAUGUGCGUGCUUAUGGAUCAAGAGCUUGGCACAGGCUACCCAAGGAGUUGGGUAACUCUUUAGCUGAUCUUGGCCCAUGGCUAUACUUAGGAAAGAGGACUGAGCUGUUUCUUUUUUGUUUUUUUCUUGUAGGUCUGUUUACGUUGACCACGACUCUUCUAUUUUUCUUGUAGUUUUAGGACUACUUAGGAAACAACUGUCAACUAUAUGUGAAAUUAUAGGUCCUCUUUUAUUCUGCAAGAUUUCCCUAAUUCCAUAACAUUUAAGUGUGCCAGAUCAUCAAC